UUUUAUUUUUGUUUUGUUUUAUGUUCACUUUUUCGCUGACGCCGUUCAUCCUUUGGGAACCCCUGGACCUGCUGGAGCUGGACUCCGGCAGAUAUGUAAAGUACAGCACAGGCAGUAUUAGUCAGCAAUAUUGUAUUAAUGUUGUAUGGUGACAGAUGGUGACUACAUUUCUUGUGAUAUAGGAAGAAGGACAAAGAGAAGAAGCCCAAGAGCCACCCUUUCCACAGAAGAGAAUCUAAUAGCAGACAAACUCACUCCUAUAGCUGGGACACUAAAAACCCAUAGCUUACAUGAAAAGGAACAAGAAAUAAGCCUGCUUCUUUAAGAAUCUAAGUGCUGAAAGCAGAUCUGAGACAAAAUAAAACUUCUGUGAUAAUUCAUAACCACAGUGUCCUAGGAACCUAAGAAAAAGCAAAUUAAGACCCGAUUUGGGGAAGCCUGUCUUCAAGCCAGGUUUCAAAGAGUCUUCACAGAAAAAAAAAAAAUUCCAAGGAAUAAGAACGUCCCAUGAGACUCAUGAACGAUGGGGCACCUGUGUGGCUCAGUUGGUUAUGCAACUGACUUUUGAUUUUGGCUCAGGGCUCUACAUCAAGUUCAUGAGGCCGUGUGGCCUAAACUAAGAGAACUGUAUGAGACGGGGCCCCCACCCACUCCCCAUCAGUAUCGUCCAGGAGACUGGGUCCUCGUCAAGCGACACCGGCAGGAGAACCUUGAACCCAGAUGGAAGGGACCUUACUAAAUCAUCCUGACAACUCCCACCACUGUCAAGGUAGAUAACCUCCCUACCUGGAUUCACCACACCCACAUUAAGCCUGUUGACCCGCUGUCUGACCUUGUGGGACACAUUGAUAGAAAUACUACUUGGACUGUAGACCUGAGUAAGAAAAACCCCCUCAAACUAACCUUGCGCUGUGCCUCCCCCAGACAUGUUCCGGAUAGUGACCCUUGUCCUACUAGCCCUCAACCUCAAACUCCUGGAGGGAGGACUAAAUGCCCCCGUUGACAAACAGAGAUUGUUACAAGCUCUGUAUGGAAGGCCCUGUGAUUGCAGAGGUGGCGUAGUUAGCACCAUUGCCCUGCCACAUAGUAAAAGAAUAGUAGCCGGCUCUGUAGGAAGAGGGGGUCUACAGCGAAGCUACACUCAAACCCAAGACUGUGGGACCACAACCGCUUACUUAACCCAGACCUAUGACACCACCGGACUCCAACAACAGCAGUGGUUAUGUGUUAACAAACCCAAACCCCUGCCCCCUAUGACAAAAUGCCCUUGCUCCACUUUCCAAGAGUCGAUGCACAGCUCUUGUUAUGACUCCUAUCAACAAUGUAUAGGGCCAGAUAACUCCACUACCUACUUUACGGCCAUCCUACAAAGUAACAGGGCAGCAAUAGCCAGUGAUAACAAUAUGCAACUUCAAGCUGGCUGCUCUGGCUCAAUUGGAGCCGCCAUCUGCUGGAACUCCCGAGCCCCCAUACAUGUGUCUGACGGUGGAGGGCCCCAAGACGCUGUUAGACAGAUUGAAAUGCAAACGAGGCUUAAGGACCUCGCAGAACAUAUGUAUCCACAGCUUAAUUACCACCCUCUAGUUCUCCCUAGGCACAGCCCUUACCAGUUAGACCCUCAGACAAUGUCUAUCCUAGAAACCACUUUCUCCCUCUUAAACAUCUCUAACCCGACUCUAGCCCAAGAUUGUUGGCUUUGCCUACCCCAGCAAACUCCCCGACCCAUCGCCAUCCCCACUGAAGUUGAUAUCCGCAUAACCAAUGACUGUUUUCCCUCUUCCCUAUCUGACCCCUUUCCCGUUCAAUUCAUUAGCCUGUUCAAUGCCUCUUGCUUUAUAAAUAACCUUACCUCCCAGAAUAACAGCAUAGAUGUAGGGAUCAUAUCUCUUGCCCAAUGCCACCAGUACAUCACUAUCAACUCCUCCUUAUGUAGUACCAACACCACCGUUUUCGUCUGCGGAAAUAACCUAGCCUACACCUAUCUUCCCCACAACUGGACUGGAGUAUGCAUCCUGGCCACUCUGCUACCAGAUAUCGACUUAGUUGCAGGAAAAACCCCCAUGCCCAUCCCUAGUCUGGACUUUGUAGCUGGCAGAUCCAAACGAGCUGUGGCUGUUAUCCCCCUCCUGGUAGGCCUAGGAAUUACAGGUGCAUUAACUACCAGGACAGCAGGAUUAGGAGUCUCCAUACACUCCUAUCUGCGACUCUCUCGUCAACUAAUUGACGAUGUCGAAGCCUUGUCAGGGACAAUCCAGGAUCUGCAAGAUCAGCUAGAUUCCCUAGCAGAAGUGGUGUUACAGAAUAGAAGAGGGUUGGAUCUGCUAACCGCAGAACAAGGUGGCAUCUGCUUAGCCCUACAAGAAAAAUGUUGCUUUUAUGCCAAUAAAUCAGGAAUAGUUUGGACCAAAAUCAAACAGCUCCAAGAGGACCUCGCACGCCGACGAAAAGAACUAGCCGAAAACCCACUGUGGUCAGGACUCCACGGGUUUCUCCCCUACCUUCUUCCCCUUUUGGGCCCCCUGCUAUGCCUCCUCCUCCUUUUUACCCUUGGCCCUAUUAUGAUCAACAAAAUAAUGGACUUUAUCAGGGACAGACUAAACACCAUUCAGAUUAUGGUCCUUAGGCCACAGUAUCAGCCCCUAGACAUGGAAAGCGAGCUUGAUUAGGUAAUGCUGUAGGACCCAAGAUUGGUUCCUCAGGUACUUGAGAAAGGGGGGGAAUGAGAGGCCUAGACAAACUGAAACUUAA